AUGCCACCUUCCUCCAGGGACGCAGUUCGUGUGACUGCCAGUGCGCAUAUCAAGCAUUGGCUGGAGCCUGUUUUAUGCGAGGAAGAGCUCGGCCACAACUACAUAUUUGACAGGGUGCUAAAAGUGCUCCGAAUAUACCCCAGAUCAGACACUAUGUCCUCGCUUCCCCUAUGUUUGUGUGAUGCAAAUUACAAGAUUCUUGCCUUUGCGAACUAUAAAGCAAUUGCAGCUUUUGAACGCAAGGAACGACGCAGAGUCACGCAAAAUUUGCUCAACUCGGAAAUCAUGAUCCACUCAUUCACAGUAAGGUUUUACAAUGAUUACCAGGUGCAAGAAUUUUUUGAUGGCCUGAAGUUCAAGCAGAAGUCCAGCUUGUUUCCUGGAUACCUGGUUCUGGAAAUCAAUGACUUUUCGAUGUUCAAUCGGGACCAGCUGAUCUUGAGCAACGCAGGUGCAAUCGAAUUUCUAUAUGGUAUCCCACGGUACGUUGCCCGGUUUAUAGAGCAGGAAUUAAGCGAGGAAGAGAGAUAG